AUGGAUCAGUACAACGACUGGGAGUUGUGGGUGAGCGAAGAUGAAUCAACAAUAGGAGAAGAGCAAGACGAUGCCGACCAGGACAAUGACCCUACUUUGUUCAAGCUUGAGCUGGGUCCAGAAGAUGGACGGCCUGGAGGAUACAAAGUUCGCAGCCGUCCUGGACAAAAACAGCGCAAGGAAACGGUGAUGUUCCGUUCAGGGUCUCGAAAGAGACCCGCGUUCUACGUGCAAUGUGUCGCACGCGCCAUAAUCCAUGGCACACUCACACCCGAGUCCGAUCAGAGAGCUACAUUGUUAGUCUACGACUUCCAGUUCCUGUCCUAUCGAGGGACGCGAAUCAAAGAUGCCUCCAUCAACUUCGACUUCCUUCCUAGCGCGGGUAGCCCCCCGCGGAGUGGCCCUUCUGUUAGGAAAGUCGGACCAGACGAGCGAUAUAGUAUGAUGGAGACCACACAACUCGAAAAUCUGAAGAAAACAUUCAAGUUGGGAAUUAAUGGAGGGGCUGUCCCCGUAAAUGGCGAGGCUGGGGUCGAGAGCUCUGUGGAAAAGACUGUGACUUUUGCAGCCGAAAUCACGGGUAGUCGGCCAUUUGAUGAGUGGGGGAACUAUUUCCAAGCCCAGUGGGCACUACAGGAAAACCGUUCGCAGUCCAAUGGCAUUGUCUCCCAUUUGCGCACAUGCGUUCUGCUGACACGCGAAAAUGACAAUGACUUUGACUGUGUUCCAUAUGUCCGUAUCACCCCUAACUUGACAACACGCCUUGUCUCGCUAGGCAGCGUGCGAUCUCAAGACGAAGCUAUUCCGUUUGAUCCCAGCUAUGAGCCAUACAAUGACCUCGACCAGGGAGAGUCUAUUGACCGGUGGAAUUUGGCAUCGGUGGAUCUGAACAAGUUAUGGGAUUUUACCUUCUGGACAAGCUAUGGGAAAGCAAUCAAGCAGAGGUUGUAG